CAGGUGUGUGCCACCACACCCAGCAGCUAAUCUUUAUUUUCCAGAUGAGGAAACUAAGGCACCUAGAGAAGUAAUUUGGCUCAAGUUAUGCACCUAAGGAGAUGGGAUUCAAACCCAAGGUGUAAGCCACCUCAACUUGUCUCUACCUGGCAAAUGAAAAAGACCGACAGUGUCAAGGCUGGUGAGGAUUUAAUAUCACUACAGCUGGAACCUUGGCAGUGUCUCCUAAAUCUAAAUGUACACAUUCCCUACCUCCUGGCAGUUCCACUCCUGUGUGUUCCUCCAACAAAAAUGAAAACACAGGUACACCAGAAGACACUGACAGGAAUGUUCACAGCAGUUUCACUGGUCUUGGCCAGAAAGUGGAAAGCUCUCAGAUGUCUAAUAACAGGAGAGUAGUGUAGUCAGAAAACGGAUUACACACAGCUAUUAGAAUUACAUAUUGUUGCCUGCACAUGGAUGACUCAUAACGUUGGACAAAAGAAGCAGGCACAGACCCUCACAAACAUAUAACACACUAUCAUUCUAUUUAUAGUAGAAAUUCUAGAGCAGGCAAAAUUAAUGUGAGGUGAUAGAAGUCAGAAUGAUGGUUUCCUUGGGCAUUACAUUAGUCAGAUUUCCAUCACUAUAACAAAUACCUGAGAUAAUUAAGGUUUAUUUGAGCUCACCUUUUGAAGGUUUCAGUCCAUGCUCAAUUGGCCCUUUUGCUUUUGGACUAGGGACCAAGUCUUUAAUACACAGACCUUUGAGGGACAUUCUAGAUUCAAAUUAUAGCAGGGGUAGAGAGUAUUACUCUAGAACAGUGAGGUAGGGGAUCCUCUGGAGACCUGGAAAUCUUCAUCUUCGAUUUUUUCUCUUUUUGGAGGGCAGUACUGGGAAUGAACUGAGCUAUAUCCUCAGCCCUUUUUGAUUUUUUAUUUUGAGAUAGUGUCUCACUAAGUCAUUAAGUUGCUCAUGUUGGGCUCAAACUUGUAAUCCUCUUGCCUCAGCCUCUCAGAGUAUGUGUGCCCCCAUGCCUGGCUGGAAAUGUUCUACAUCUGGAUCCAGAUGCAGAUUAUAGUGCUCUGUGUGUGGAGUGAACAUGUGUGUUAUAUAUAAAAUCACUGAUCUAUUUGCUUAAGGUUUGUGUACUUUCCCAUAUUCCCCUUGUACCUCAAUAAAACAAGUAAAUUCUUGGGCUGUGGAUGUAGCUCAGUGCUAUAGCAUUUGCCUGGCAUGCUGGAGACUCUGGGUUGAUCCCCAGUGCUAAAAAAAAAAUAGCAGAUUUCAACCUCCUGCUGUACUUGCACUUGAGGACUUCCAGGUUUCUGAUGUCCCACAGUCUUGUGUACCAGGACCUUGACAUUUGGGAAGAUAGGGCUAGGCUGUUGGCCCUAGCCACACCUCUCCUUCCUCAGUCAGUGGGUUAAUUUGCAUGCCUUUUUGUGGUCCAGCAGCCUCCCCAGUCCUGUGCUCCUAAGCACCUGGAGCACAGCCUAGCCCAACAUCUCCCUGCCUGCCUCUCUGCCUCUGGUCAUGGCCUGUCCCCUGUGCCUGGUCCUCUUGCUGGUGGAAGCCUUCCUGGCAGUCUCCCAGCCAGCCCUGGCCCAGCCGGAUGCACUGCUGGUCUUCCCAGGCCAAGUGGCUCAACUCUCCUGCACACUCAUCCCCCAGCAUGCCAGCAUUGCAGACUAUGGUGUGUCCUGGUACCAGCAGCGGGCAGGUAGUGCCCCCCGAUACCUCCUCUACUACCAUUCUGAGGAGGACUACCACCGGCCUGAUGACAUUCCUGACCGAUUCUCAGCUGCCAAGGAUGUAGCCCACAAUGCUUGUAUCCUAACCAUCAGCCCAGUGCAGCCUGAGGAUGAUGCAGAUUAUUACUGCUCUGUUGGCUAUAGCUCUGAUCCCUAGGGGUGGGGUGUGGGAUGCAUGUCUCCUGUCUGCCUCUCAUUUUUUCCCCUGAACUUGGAUACCUCCCCCCGCCCUCUCUCUGAUCCUUGCUUUCCUUUCACUGUACAAUGGAUUAAUAAAAUUCAAUAUUAUUAUGAAGGCCAUGAGUUCCUGGUUGAAAAAGUGACUGUAGUUUGUCUGGGAGUGUGUACGGGA